AUUAAAGUCUGCUUUGCGAUUUGCAUGAAUUAAAGGCUCAUUUCCCAUUAGUUCUGAUUGCAGAUGCAUUAAUUUGCAAUUUGCAAUUUGCAUGAAUAAUUUUUUAAGUCUAAUUCUCCAUUGUUUCUGAUUGCAGAUGCAUUAAGUAGAUGUUCAUGGUGCUUUUGUUGGUCCUCACUUCUAAGAGUUAUGAGCUUGCAAUGGGUGGAGGUGCAGACUCUGCUGUUAUACUAGCUGCUAAUGCAUUGUACUAUAACACUGUUCCGUUUAUCAAAAGGCUCUCUGCAACGCCUAUUUGCAACUUCUUUGCUGUCAUUAGCCCAACUUAUAUUACUACCAUGCGUACUUAUGAGUUCCUUUGCCCAUUAUAUUUGUUCACUAUGCUAUUUGCAACAACUUAUAAAUUAGCCCUUAUCAUAAAGCUACAGUUAUCUUCAGUUUGUUUUAAGAAAAUUACUUUGUUAGUAUAUAGAUCGUGCUUUACUUCCAAAAAAAAACUCUGCAGAAGACUCGGGUUAGCAAACGUUUACAAGCGAUACAAGCUAUGUCUCAAACCCCUGCUCUUAUGAGGGAGCUGGAUGAGGCAAGUUCUGCCACACAUCAGCAACAAGAGGUUGCACACAUUGAGCCAGAAAUCGCUUAUACAAAGAAUGCUACCAACACAGUGGUUGAAAAUUCAGCAGCACAAUUUAAUAGUGCACCCAACAUAGCACAAGCUGUACGAACGAAUAUUAGUAGCACUCCCUUAGACCGGUGUAUGUUGUAUAGGAAACUUCCUGAGAAUUCAAGGUCUAGCAAGCGCAAGCGAACAAUUGCAGCUAUGGAACAAGCACCUGUAUCAGUGAGAGAAAUAGGCGAAACAAGUGCACAGGGUAGUAGCAGAAACCAAGGAUUGAAAAAAACAAAGGCAAAAAACAAAAAAAUAACUAUUGUAGCUUCUCAAAAAAAAGGUGGUCAAACAGUAUACAGUAAAAAAGACCAAUCAUUAAAAGAAAUUGACAUUCAAGAAGAUACACAAAUUACUAUCAAUAAAUGUAGCGUUAUAUACCAACGAGUUUAUAAUGCACCCACAACAGAUGAGGUGGCUGCGAUUUGGCCUGACAAUACUUCAUCAAGCGAGUCCAACGGCCCAUACAUCACCGUCAGAGGAAAGUCAACAAAGUCUCAUCGCAUAUACCAUAAUUAUGGAUGCUAUGAUCCUUUGCAGUAUCCACUCUUAUUCCCACAUGGUGAUUGUGGCUGGGUCAGGUUUUGGCCAAGAACAGUGAAGGACAGUAGCAAACAAACCCCAUUACGUCUUUGACAGUGCAUAUCGGUGGCCCACGAGACAUGAAGCGGCGGUACUUGAAUGCCAUGGCUUUAGUUCAACGCUUUGGUAAGCCUGAUUUGUUUCUCACAAUCACUUGUAAUGUAAACUGGCCAGAGAUCAAGGCAGAGCUAGCUCCUGGAGAAGCAGCUCAAAACCGGCCAGAUAUUGUUGCUCGUAUAUUUCGAUCAAAUUUAAUCUGUCUCAAAAAACAAAUCAUGAAGAAGCAUAUCUUUGGGAAAGUGGCUGCUAUGAUAUAUGUCAUCGAAUUCCAAAAAAGAGGUCUUCCUCAUGCACAUUUCCUUAUUAUCCUAAAGCCUAAUUACAAAUUGAAAACAUCUUCGGAUUUUGAUCGCUUUGUAUCUGCUGAGCUACCACCCCACAGCUCCCCAGACCUACGGAAAAUAAUAGUUCGCCAUAUGAUGCAUGGCCCUUGUGGAGUAGCAAAUCCUGAAUGUGCAUGUAUGGUUACCAAAAAUAAUAGCUCUGUCUCAUGUAAAUAUGGCUACCCUAAACAGUUCUUACAAGAAACAACAAACCAUGAUGAUGGAUAUCCAAUGUAUAGAAGACGAGAUACAGGAGAAAGUGUCCGAAUUCGAGGUUCGAACCUUGAUAACCUUUGGGUUAUUCCAUACAACCCGUACCUUUCCGCAUUUGUUUGACUAUCACCUCAAUGUAGAAGUCUGCUCAUCUAUUCAAGCUGUGAAAUACUUAUUCAAAUAUGUUUAUAAAGGGCAUGACAGAUUAUCUUUUAAUGUUGUUGGUGAAGAAAAUUAGCCCAUAGAUGAAAUUGAAAGGUUCUAGUCUGGUUGAUGGGUUUCACUAUGCGAGGCAACUUGGAGGAUUUUUGGCUUUGAUUUAUUUGAGAUGCACCCUCCUGUGCAGCACCUUGCAGUGCACUUGGAAAACAUGCAAACACUUCAGCUAAGGAGUCAUGAGCAGCUAGAUUCUGCAGUGUUAAAUGAACAAAGAUCCAGAACUCAACUAACGGAAUUCUUCAAAUCAAAUGCAGCCUCACCUCAAGGUACAGGAUAUCUCUACAACGAAUUCAUUGAUCAUAGCAGUGGGAUGCCACUGUAAAGGCAUGGUUUCAAAGAAAAAACAAGAAACUGGUCAUAGGUCGGUUGGCAUGUGUUACACCUGCAGAGGGAGAACGCUUUUUUUGUGGCUGCUUCUUAGUAACAUACGCAGUCCUAAAUCAUUUUCUGACCUCAGGACUGUGAAUGGGGUGCUAUGUGCCACUUUUCAUGAAGCAGCUAUUAAAAGAGGGCUCUUUGAGGAUGACAAUGUUGUUUAUUCAUGCUUGGCUGAAGCUGCAGAAAUUCAUAUGCCAUUAGCCUUAUGUCAGGUUAUUUGCAGCUGUGUUAGUUUUCUGUACUCCGAGCAAUCCACAUACACUAUGGCAGCACUUCUAUAAUGAUUUAUCUGAUGACUUUAGGCAUACCUUUCCACAAAAUGUAAACCAAGUUAGGUUACUAACAAUACAGUCAAUUGAGAGACACUUAAGAGUCUAUGGGCAAAUCAUUGGCUCAUUUUCAGCUUGAACAUCUACAAGAAGAGAUGCCAGCAGAACUACACAGAACAAAGGAUAUUAUUGAUGCUUUGGAUGCACCUAUUCCCCAAGAAUCAAUUGAUUGUAGGGGAAAACUCAAUUCCGCUCAGCAAAUUGCCUUUGACAAAAUUAUUUCUCAUGUUCAAGCAGAGAAGCCUGGUUGUUUCUUUGUUGAUGGCCCUGGAGGGACUAGGAAGACCUUUUUGUACAAUGCUCUAUAUGCAUAAGUGCGCUUGGCAGGGAAGAUUGUGCUUCCAACGGCAACAUCAGGAAUAGCUGCAGCAAAAAUACCUUCUAGCAGGACAGCACACUCGCGGUUUAAAAUUCCUCUUGAUUCAGAAGCAUCUCUUGAGAAACAACACUGAUUAUCUGGGAUGAAGCUUCAAUGGCACGAAAGGAAAACAUUGAAUCUGUUGAACUCCUACUUCGUGAUCUCUGUGAUCCAGAUCAACCAUUUGGCGCUAAAGUUAUAGUCUUUGGGGGAGAUUUUAGGUAGGUUUUACCAGUUGUUCCUCACAAGACUCAAAGAGAAGCUGUAGCAACAAGCCUGGUUAAUUCACAUAUUUUGGCCUUGGUUACAAAAGCUACACCUGACUAAAAACAUUAGAGCUAAAGCAGAUCUCCCAUAUGCAUCAUUUCUGCUAAGUUUGGGCGAUCGUCAACUUUAGUCAUCUGAAAAUGCUUUUGUGGAGGUACCUCCUCACAUUUUGAGCUAUUAUCAACAAGCCGAGGAACCUAUCCGUUUUCUAGCUACUACUGCAUUUCCUGAAUUGCAACAUCCAACCUUUUCACCAGAUAUUUUCACAGAAAGGGCAAUCCUCGGAUCACACCAUUAAAUGAUGUAGUAGACUCUAUCAACAAUUAUCUUAUUGACAAAUUCCCAGGAGAAGCUGUUAUUUAUAAAAGUUUUGACAGUAUCCUAGAUGAUAACUGUGCAAUUUACCCAAUUGAAUUCUUGAACCAGCUUGCCCCUGGUGGUAUGACACCACACAAACUUAUUCUAAAAUUUAACAGUCUAGUGAUCUUGCUUAGGAAUGUUGAUCUAGCUGAUGGCCUAUGCAAUGACACACGUCUCAUAUGCAAGUACUUUAGAAGAAACGUUUUUGUUUGUGCUAUAGCCACUGGCGAUCGUCAAGGAGAACUUGUAUUCAUCCAUCGUGUUAACCUCCGCCCUCCAUCAUCAACAAAAUAUCUGAUUCAGUUUAAGGGAAUACAAUUUCCUCUAAAGCUCAGUUUUGCAAUGACUAUCAACAAAUCUCAAGGACAAACAUUAAGCCAGGUUAUGGUUUACCUCCCACAACCAUGCUUUUCACAUGGUCAAUUGUAUGUUGCAUUAUCAAGAGCCAAAAAGUCAGACAAGGUGACUGUAAUCACACCCCAGCCUGCUGAAAUUUACAGCACACCAGUUCUGAAGAACAUAGUAGCUUCUGAUGUCUUGCAACUAUCUGGUAUAACAUGAUACAAUUUGAUACAGGUAUUUCUAAUACUGCUUCUAUACCUAUUCAUUGAAACAAACUCCUUUCUCUUUCUACUAAUUACAUUUUUAUUAUCCUAAUAUGCAGGACCAAUGCCACUUUUUCCCUCUAACAAUAGAAAAUGACCAUUUGACUAUUUUAAAUCCUUGGAGCAUCAUUUUGGUAUACAUUAGUUUUUUGUAAUAUCUGUUCUACAAUUAUAUGUAAAAUAUACAUCAUUAAAAUGGGUUGCAAUGCUUUUUAACACUUUGUCCUGUUAAUUUAAAUGCUACUUCUCAAGGUGUUGCAACAUUGCUUGCACAUUUUUGCCU